UUUCAUGGAUUCGUGGAUCAGUUAAAUAGUUUUGUCCUCGACUGUAAAAACAAACCAUCCCGUAUAAACGCGUUUCCCGGCAACCGAGCCGUCGAAGCAACCCUCGCGGGAUGUCAAACCGUUGUUAUGAAAAUCUUGCCUCUUUUCCGCCGCGGAUCGUUAAAUUGCCGGGCCUUUUUAUCACCGAAUCACUCGUCCGAACUGCUCCAAUCGACGCCGUGUUCAAUCAACAAUCUUCGUCCUGCUGGAAACUUACUUUUUAACCGGGAAAAAACAAGCACCCAUCCUGAGGUUUGCACUCGCAACCACCGCUCGGGAAUGUCAAGAGAUAUUCUAUCUGCAUGCUGCUGGCCGAUGGCCGGUUACCCAUGCACCAACCCAGUCGAAAAGCCGCGAAUCACACUGGUCCAGGAGCGAACUGAUACGGAUGGCAGUUUCCUGAUUGCGACGCUACUGACCAACUAUUUGAAACUAUCACCCCGCAACCACGUGCUCCUGUUUGCGACCCAUCAAAACGCGUCCCAUUACACGAGCGCCUGCCAGAAGCUAACCUUCAACACGUCUGCCGCCAUCGAGUCGGGUCAGCUGUGCAUCGUCGACGUGCUGGCCCAGUUGUACGCGGAUUGUGACGGCGGCAACACUCCGGCGCCCAAUGGCAACAGGCUGUUGCAAUCAAUCAUCGAGCGAUUGAGGGCACUAUCGCCAACGCAGGACACCCUGGUCAUUGUGGACGAUCUUGGGUUCUUCGCAAACCUGCAUCCUACCGGAGAGGACGAAGUGAUCGAUUUCGCCGAAGAGCUACUGUGUACCGUAUUCCAAGCGGUCCAGCAUAUCGUGCUCAAGGUCAACAUAUCGGAGUGCUACCGGCGGCUGUGCGCCUACAUCAGCGAUCUGGCGCAGGUUAACAUUACCCUCGAGCCGCUACCUUCGGGCAACUUCCGGGAAGUGGAUGGUCGUUUGACGGUGUACCGGCUGGCAGGGGAGUCGGACAGGGACCUGGUGCAGCUACGCGAGCAUCAUAGAACGUUGCUGUACAAGGUGUGCGACCGCCAGAUCCGCACCUAUCUUUCGGGGGAGCUUGGAAUAAAAAAUCUAUAAAAAUAAAUGACCACGUGGCCUGCGACAA